GGAGGCUAGCUGGUGGGACAAGUCAGAAUUAGAAUGAGGAUCGACCUCUCUAUAUAAGAUUUGCACAACAUGGAUUGAUUCAUAGAUACCUACUCUCUCCCUAGUUGUGGUUCCUCUCUACAAUUCAUUACCCCAUUCUCUCUCUCUCUCUCUCUCUCUCUCUGCAUUUCAUUUGAUGGGGUCUCUGUUCGGUAACUGGCCCUCAUAUGACCCUCACAACUUCAGCCAGCUCCGACCCUCCGAUUCCACCACUUCUUCUAAAAUGACUCCCACAACCUAUCAUGCUACCCACAACCGGACCCUUCCACCACCUGAUCAAGUGAUAGCUACUGAAUCCAAAAACAUUCUUCUGAGGCACAUGUAUCAGCAGCAUGCUGAAGAGAAGUUGAGACAAAAGCGAGCUGCAUCAGAAAAUCUCUUACCAGAGCAUGGAUGCAAGCAACUUAAGGGUUCUGUCCCAGAUAAGUCCUAACAAGCAAAUCUGCCACCAUUGCUUCCAUCUGGGCUCCUUUGUUGUUGCAUAAUAUACUGGAAGUUCAGCAUACCCAUCAGUGUGAAUAUUAGUGUCACGGGCGAAAGAUGUAUUAAGUGUACCCUGUCAUAGAUUAAAGGGGUAUUUGUUCGCACAUUAUUGUGAAAGCUGCUUGUGUGUACAAAUUAGAUUUUCAGCUUCAAAGAAUAAAAUGAGUAGUUACAUGCUUUGCUUG